GUACUAUUAAUUGGCUGGAACUUUUGCCACCCGAGAAAUGGCCUGGCAAACAAGGCAGGAUAAACGGGGAAAAGGUGGAAACAAAGAAAAGUCUGCUGAUGCUGAUAUCCCAACGGUGGCACAGAUUAAAAUUAAAAACAACGGUAAGAAACGAGACGCUAAUGGAAAAAAGUUAAGACACGUACCUCGGCAAUCACAAACAAAUGAACCACUUCCAGCCAAGAAGUUGAAAGAAGAAAAAAGUGUCUCCGAAGACAUUGGGCCUGAAGCUGUAAAACCAGUUAAAACAGAUAAGAAAGCUGUCUCCGAAGACAAUGGGCCUAAAGCUGUAAAAGCAGAUAAGAAAGCUGUCUCCGAAGACAAUGGGCCUAAAGCUGUAAAAGCAGAUAAGAAAGCACAAAAUGAAACGGUUGGAGAGAUUAAGAAAUCCUUGAAGGAAACGAACGGCCCCAAAAUCAAGGAUCCUGAAUUAGAAGCACGUACCUUAUUUGUUGGUAAUGUCCCAAAAGCUACCAAAAAUAAAGAAAUAUCGAAACUUUUUGAACCAUUUGGAGGUUCAGUCGAAACUAUUCGACUACGGUGUGGUGUUCCAUCAAAGCCAACAAUGUCAAAGAAAGUUGCGAUGAAUAGAAAAGAUUUCCACCCUGAGAGAGAUAGUAUUACGGCGUAUAUUCGUUUUUCUUGUCGGGAGGACGCGCUGCGAGUCAAGGAGGAAGGACAACGAGAAGAACUUACCUUGGAUGGCCAUCAUUUGGUGCUUGAUAUGGCAGACGGAAGUUUGCAGCGAGAUUAUAGCAAGACUGUAUACGUUGGGAAUCUUAAUUUUGGGACUCAAGACAAUGAGUUGUGGGAGUUUUUCGCAGAGUGUGGAAAAAUCGAAUCUGUUCGAAUUAUCAGAGACCGUGAUACUGGCUACGGCAAAGGGUUCGGAUAUGUUAAUUUUUUGGAAACUUCGUCCGUGGAGUUAGCGCUGGCCAAAAAUGAUGCACUAUUUAAAAAGAGACCAUUAAGAGUUUCUUUACACCGUCGACGAGAACCUACUGCCUCUGCCUACGGAGGAGGGAACAAAUCAAGUAAUUCUGCAAUAGGACAUUCAAAGACGGGACCAUCUGGUGGUAAUGCCACAACCGCAGUUACUCAGCACAAGAAGAAGACUGGAGUAACACGAUCUCAGGGAAUGCGAAAAAGGAAAGAGGACUUUGCUGGAGACAGAACAGCAGAAUUGGGAAAAUUAGUGAAGCUCAAAAGAAACUUGAAGAAUCGUAGCGCUGAUGACAUGAAGAAAGCCCGGACUUCUAAAAAACUGAACUCAAAUGGACUGUUGGGUUUUGACGACUUUCCAGUUGAAGGGGUUAAGCCGAGGAAAUCUAAGGAUAAAAAGCAUGUACUUGCCAUAAAGUACAACAGGAAGGAUUAAACUAAAUGUAUUUUGUAUGCAUACUGAACGUUUUCAUGUAAUUUAAAUUUGUUUUGGACUAUUGAAGCUAGCAAUUAAAACUAUGCUUCCAAUUGA